CGGAGGCACUUGAUGACUCCUGUGGGUGACUUGUGAGGAACUGAGGCGGCCAUUCCACCGUGCAGAGGAUUUCUUGACGAAUUUAACUGCGAGGACACCAUGGGGCAUUGAGGGGGCACCGUUCGUUUUUGGCGCCUCGGGUCACGGAGAUUCCACCGUGCCGACAUUAGGGGAAAAUGCGUCAACAUGAAAAGUCCAGCUUGAGGCGGUUUCUCUUCCAAGCGACGUGGGGACACAUCGAAAGGGGUGAUUGUCUGCUCGGAUGAAGUGCGCCUUUCCAAAGACCGCAUGAACGCUCCAGGAGACGCGCACCACGCCACCGGAUAGUGGAGAGGACGCGGCGCACAGGGGCGCACAAGGGGCGCACAGCUACCUCCUUCGGUUAUCCAAGCGGACAUCAGCCAGCACUCCUCCCGAUAGCAUGGAUGGUUUCAACUGGACGUCGGCAUCUGAGAAUGUCACCGAGUCUUCCUCCCAGCUCUUCCCCAGCUACACCACGAACAGCUUCUCCGAGAUGCCUGCGUCAUUGCCCUUCAGCGUGGUGACCGCAGUCAUCUACACCAUCGUCUUCGUCGUGGGUUUUCUGGGUAACACGCUGGUCAUCUAUGUGGUGGUCCGCUAUGCCAAGAUGAAAACAGUAACAAACAUGUACAUCCUCAAUUUAGCCUUGGCGGAUGAACUCUACAUCUUGGGCAUUCCCUUCCUUGGCACUAAUAGUGUGCUUUCCUAUUGGCCGUAUGGGGAUUUCUUCUGCAAGGUGUACAUGACAGCUGACACCAUGAGCCAGUUCAGCUCCACCUUUUGCCUAACGGUAAUGAGCAUUGAUCGCUACCUGGCUGUGGUUUAUCCAAUUCGCAGUUCCAAAUGGCGGAAGCCCCAGGUGGCCAAGGUUUUUAAUGGCAUGGUGUGGGUUGUUUCCUUCCUGAUUGUGCUGCCAGUCACCAUUUACGCGCAUGUGCAGGAUGAGUUCAACGCCUGCAAUAUAAGCUGGCCUGAUCCAAAUGAUUUGUGGUCCAUUGUCUUCAUCCUCUACACAUCCAUCCUGGGCUUCUUUGGUCCCCUGGUUGUCAUCAGCCUCUGCUACCUGCUCAUUGUCAUUAAGGUGAGGUCUGCAGGUGUGCGCGCGGGCCUGACUAAGCGACGGAGGUCGGAGCGUAAGGUGACGCGGAUGGUGGUGAUCAUCGUGUUGGUCUUUGUACUCUGUUGGCUGCCCUUCUUCACUACCAACAUCGUCAACCUGAUUUACAUAAUCCCCGAGAACAAUGCCACGGCCACAGUCUACUUCUCCCUGGUCAUCCUUACCUAUGUCAACUCCUGCGCCAACCCGAUCCUCUACGGCUUCCUCUCGGACAACUUUAAGCAGAGCUUCCAGAAAGUGCUCUGCCUCUACAAACCAAAUGGUGUUGGCACUACAGACCAGACGAGAGGCAGACAGGGUGCACCCACGUCUCUCCAGAUGGAGGUUGUUCCGAAUGCUGACAGGGAGCCUUUCACAUCGAAAACAGCAGUGAAUGGCCAGUGAACGCUCUGACCCACCAUGCACCAGUGUGGCAGCUACCACAUGGAACUUGGAACAGUUUACCCGUGGACAUUUUAUUGAUCAUAAAUCCUGUUCCUUCCCUCUGACUGGGACAUUUCUUAAAAGGACCAGAGGAGUAAUGCUGGAGAGCAAACAAAAUACGGCAUUCGUCACAAAGCUCUGUCUGCAUUUUUGUUUCUACUUUACGACUUUGUACUGUCACCGUACUGACUGCAUUAUAGGCCUAGUAGUUUAUGUAAUGACGUAUGAUCUCACUACAGUUAAAGGCGCGACAGUUUGAAAAGCUGUACAUUCUCAACUAGCCUUUGAGAGAACCAAACUUUUAUUGAUUAUAUUUUUGCAAGAAUUGUGCUUCCCUGAUGUCGAUUUUGUUUUGUUUUCCUGCUGUUGCUAUAAAUGCAUAGUCACCAUUCCCUUUGUGUUUGUCUGUUGCCUCGAUGAACUCAUUAUGUGCACAUUUCAAAGCACUGUGAGACGUCUGUGUGGGAAGUGUUGAGGUAACAGGGCGAAUGACUGGAGUUGUGAGAUUUUUGUUCCUGUGACAGCAUCAGUGUAAUAUUUUGGGAAAUAGUAUUAUUAUCAUUCGGUCAAAUGAUUAGAUGAUAGCACUUUCGAGUCUGUCCGCUAAACAUAAGGCGACGACCACCGGGAGCCAAUAGAUUAUGGCCUAGAAAACUGGCUUUGUCCAACAGUAACAUCUAAAACUCACUAAUUAACAAGUUGUAUCUCACGUUUUUUUUACAAAAAACAGAAGAAAAAAAAUUAUGGUGGGUUAUGGGCCUGACUGUAACUUGGCUUUAACCAGUAAGUUUUAUAGUUGAAGACAGAAUGCGUUACAAAAAAAAAGCCUUAAACAUGUGUCCCCGUGAUAAUUUAUAUCUUUUUACGUGUUCUCUAACCUCGGUUUCUCUUUUUCUUCUUUACUUUUCCUUCAGUUCUGUUGAAAUUGACCCAUAAUAGUAGCAUACAGGUAAUUUCACCCACCAUGCUCAGUGUUGGUCUGUUAUUUCAGCAGAUCUUAAUCGGGCAUCGGGUUUAUAUAUUCACAAAAGCGAGACCCCAGCUAUUGUUUUAAACUCCAUCAUUGUUCUUUCUUUAUCAUUUUAAGAAUUUACAGUAUUCAUUUUGACCUGCUGUUCUGCUGGUUACUGUAAAGCUGGAUGAAAUAUCUUGAUUGUUUUCCAACCCCAGCAACAAAUCCCAUCCUUACUUACCAUUCAGCUCGGCCUCUGCUUGACUGUGAGCGUUGACAUUUGACACCGACAUCAUCGGGAAGGUGCUGGACAACACCGAAGCAUCUCUGCAGUUGUAACGUGAGCCAAGCGAAGACUGUGUUGACAAUGUUUAUGGUGAAUCUGAGCUCAUUUGAAAAGCUACCUUGCGUCAUGGAGCUGUGGUGGCAUGCAUACCAACAGGAGACAAGGGAUUUAUUUGUCUUAGAAACACUGUGAAUUUUUGAAUAAUAGGUCACUUUGAACAGCCUGUGGGUCUUUGAGCAGCACGACGUCCUUACACACGUAACAAAAAUGCAAACACAGUUAUGUUAUUAGGAAUAUUAAUCAAAUCUCAAGUCUGUCAUGUUCGCUCACCAUGCAUCAAUCCAACACAGUAUAAUGUGGGGCUGCUGGCAGGCGCCUACAUGAAGCAAAGCUCUUUUAUGUGUACCCUUAUCCCAUGAACAGAUGUUUAUUGUCGCUGUGAUUUAUGAAUAUAAUGGCAGGUUUAUGCACUUUAUCAUUACUUCCAGAUGAAACAGAGAAGUGGCAGCUUUACACUUGAAUGUCAGUGUCUCUCAACAUAAACCAGCUUUGUUUCAUUUUUUGGGGGAUUUCUGUAAAUGUUUUGGUUGUAUUUUGCAACAAAUGUUUUUCAGAAUCAGACAGAGUGAGAUGAAGAAGUAUAUUAUUUUUCCAAGGUGAAGGUCAUUGGAACAAAUUUGGAGGGAUAGUUGUGUUAUGGCUCUGGGACAUAGGCUUGCCACAGAAAUAAAACACAUAAAU